AUUUUCUAUCACCAAAAUAUGCUAAAUUGACUUGUUAUUUGUACUAUUAUCAUGCUUUUGCACUGUUCGUUGUUGUAACGUUCUUAACCGCCCAUUCUGGACAUCUGCGGAAAAGAGCUUUUUAGCUCAUCGGAUUCCUGCAGUAUAAAUAAAUAUUCUGAUUAAUUUGGCAAUGGUGCCAAAUGAACAUCAGUAAUAACAAAUCGCGUUACCGCCAUCUGCUUUGAUCCACAUUGCUCACCGUAGUUUUUGGGCUGUUUAGAAUGUACCACUCACGCACUGGGGGGAACGACGUAAAUUUGUUUCGAAUUGACUUGUACUUCAAAACAUAACAAAAAAACAAAGCGCAGCAAAAAAAAUCACGACAAAUUUUAUCCCACAAUAAUGAACAAACCACAAUAUAACUAAACGCAAUAUGGUUACGUUUUAUUUGUAAAAAUUGUGAAAUAAUGGCAUCCGAAACACCCCCGUGGUUGACAAUGGUUUCUCCCUCCGCGCGGAUGGUCGCUACAGGAAUCGCUGGAGAAAUUAUGUUUUUUAUUAAAUCGUAAUUAAACUUUAAAACAUGCUUUAAAUACACGACACUUUGCCGUGUUAAAACAACCGCGUCGGUAACAGGAAGGAGGACGAGGAGCCAGGAACUUAAAGAUGACGACGGACGUGAGCGAGGCCAUCCCCUUCAUGGCCGCGUGCCACGGCCCCACCAUCCUGGCGGAGCUCAACCGCCUGCGCCUCGACGGGCAGCUUUGUGACAUCACGCUGCACGUGGCCGGCCACGCGUUCGGCGCCCACAAGGCCGUGCUGGCCGCGAGCUGCCCCUAUUUCCGCGACCACGCCGGGCUGCAGGGGCUGAGCGCGCUGCACGUCGGCGUCGUUCGCAGCCCGCGGGUGUUCGCCCAACUGCUGGCGUUCUGCUACACGGGCAGGCUGGUGCUGACGCGCAGGGAGAUCCUCGCCUUCCUCACCGCGGCCAGCUUCCUCCAGCUGCAGCCCGUCAUCGACCGCUGCGUGCAGCUGCUGGCCGGGAUGCUCAGUCCCACGUCCCACCUCACCGACUCCUCCCACGACUCUCCGGGCCUCCGCGAGCCUUCGCCUCCUGCUCCUGCUCCUGCUCCUCCUCCCCCCCCGCCUCCCCCUCCUCCGCGGUCGUCAUCGUGCGAUCGGCCUCUCCUCCCCUCCACGCCGCCGGCCCACGUCCCCGGCUCGUACGGCAAUCGCGAGGACGAGCCGGCGGCCGGCGGUGGCGGCGCAAGCUGCGGCGGGAGCGAGGCUUCCAGUUGGACCGAGCUGGGCUGGACCGACGGGUUCGUGCAGGGGUCGUCGCCGGAGGACGUCACUUUCCCUCCGGCGGUUUCGCGCCAUCAGCAUCAGCAGCAGCAGCAGCAACGCCAUCGGUACCAUCAUCACCAGCAGCAGCAGCAGCAGCAGCAUCACCAGCAGCAGCAGCAGCAGCAGCUGGUGCUGUUGCCAAGCCGCCGCCCCAGGAAGUCGGCCACGAGCGUCCGUCUCCAAAUCAAGACGGAGCCGCCGGACGAGCAGAUGCGCCGCAACGACCUCGACGACGACGACGUCGACAACGACGACGACGACGACGAGGAGGGGAACUACAACAACAGUGCGGCGGAGGAGGAGGAGCACAACGAGGAGGAGGAGGAGGAGGAGGACGAGGUGGUGAUGGCGGCGUGGGUUGGUGACGGCGGCGGCGGCGGCGAAGGAGGAGGCGAGGACGACGACGCCGGCGACCGCGACGAGAAGCCGGCGGCGCGCAGGCGGCGCCAGCCGCGGGUUAUUCAGCACGCCGACCUCGCCCGCCGGGGGCUCUUGGUGCCGCGGGCGUUCUCGCUGGCCCCGGCUUCGCUGGCCGCCGCCGCCGCCGCCGCCGCCGCCGCCGGCGUCAUCCGCGCACGCAGCACCCCCCGCAGCAGCACCCGGCGUCGGCCGAUCUCUCGCCGCAUUCGGACGGAGCUCUCCCGUCGGCCGCCGCCUACUGCCGACUACUUGCAGAGCGCGGCCGGCGGCGGAGGCAUCGGCGACGACUGCGGCGCCGCGUCGGUCGCCGGCGGCGGCGCGACGUCGUCAUCGGCGGCGGCGGCGGCGGCGGCGGCGGCAACGCCGCCGCCGUCCGGCCAGGAGCGGUGGAUGCGCUACAACCCGCGGCUGACGUGCCUCUACUGCGGCAAGUCGUUCAACCAGAAGGGCAGCCUGGACCGCCACAUGCGGCUGCACAUGGGCAUCACGCCGUUCGCCUGCCGGCACUGCGGCAAGCGCUACACGCGCAAGGACCAGCUGGAGUACCACAUCCGCACGCACACGGGCAACAAGCCCUUCCCGUGCACGCUCUGCGGCAAGUGUUUCCCCUUCCAAGCGACGCUCAACCAGCACGUGCGGAAGAACCACGGGCGCGGCGAGGGCGGCAGGGCCCUGCGCGGCGACGACGACGGCGGCGGCUCGGCCGGGAGGGCCGAUGGCGGCGGUGGGGAGGAGGUGGAGGAGGCGCGGGUGGAGGUUGCGCUGGAGAACGAUGUGGAUCGGAGCGCGAACUCGUGACGGGCUUUGAAAGUGCGGCGCUGCGCUCCCGACGCCGGUGCGUCCCCGGUUCGUCGCCGGCCACGUCGCGGCGUUGUUCGGUGGCUUCGCUUCCGCGUGCCGGGAGCUGCUUUCUCUCCCCCC